CUGGCUGGAGGGAUCAGACGAAGGUCUCUGAGCUGGGGAGUCCGCGGUAUUCCUUGCCCAGGCUUCUCCCAGACCACAUUUGCUCUCGUUGCUUCUCCGGUCAGGCAUCUGUCAGCAUCCGUCCUCGGGACCCCCAGCGAUCAGUGGGCCCAGCUCCCCAGCGGUCUACCUGGGCAUCUCACGGCCGGACCCCGGCGCCCGCCGGGCGAGGAAGAAAAGCAUGGUAAAGCUCUCGAUGCCCACCGUCUGAACGGAGCUGGAACCAGAGACUGUGUCUGCCCUGCGGGACUCCAGCGCCCCAGAGCGCUGCCUGCCUUCUCCAUGGCUGGCAAGGGUGGCACAGGGAUGCUGAAUGGCGUGGUCCCUGGUGAGCCAGUCAAGCGGCCCGAGAACCUUAAACGGGGCAACUGGGGCAACCAGAUUGAGUUUGUGUUGACGAGCGUGGGCUACGCCGUGGGACUGGGCAACGUGUGGCGUUUCCCCUACCUUUGCUACCGCAAUGGGGGAGGUGCCUUCAUGUUGCCCUACUUCAUCAUGCUGGUCUUCUGCGGGAUCCCCCUUUUCUUCAUGGAACUCUCCUUCGGGCAGUUCGCCAGCCAGGGCUGCCUGGGUGUCUGGAGGAUCAGCCCCAUGUUCAAAGGCGUGGGCUAUGGCAUGAUGGUCGUCUCCACGUACAUCGGCAUCUACUACAACGUCGUCAUCUGCAUCGCCUUCUACUACUUCUUCUCCUCCAUGACCCAAGUGCUGCCCUGGGCCUUCUGCAAUAACCCGUGGAACACCCCCGACUGUGCCGGGGUGCUGGACACGGCCAACCUCACCAACGUCUCCGGGCCGCCUGCCGCCCCCGGCCCCCUCAACCUCUCCCUCCUGCUCAAUCACACCCUCCAGAGGACCAGCCCCAGUGAGGAGUACUGGAGGCACUACGUCCUGAAGCUGUCCGACGACAUCGGUGACUUCGGGGAAGUGCGGUUGCCUCUGCUAGGCUGCCUCGGCGUCUCCUGGGUUGUGGUCUUCCUCUGCCUCAUCCGAGGCGUCAAGUCCUCAGGGAAAGUGGUGUACUUCACGGCCACCUUCCCCUACGUGGUGCUGACCAUCCUGUUCGUGCGGGGCGUCACCCUGGAUGGUGCCUUCACGGGCAUCAUGUACUACCUGACCCCGCAGUGGGACAAGAUUCUGGAAGCCAAGGUUUGGGGAGAUGCUGCUUCCCAGAUCUUCUACUCCCUGGGCUGUGCCUGGGGUGGGCUCAUCACUAUGGCCUCCUACAACAAGUUCCACAACAACUGCUACAGGGACAGCAUCAUCAUCAGCAUCACCAACUGCGCCACGAGCGUGUACGCCGGCUUCGUCAUCUUCUCCAUCCUCGGCUUCAUGGCCAACCACCUGGGGGUGGACGUGUCCCGUGUGGCAGACCACGGACCCGGCCUGGCUUUCGUGGCCUAUCCCGAGGCCCUCACCCUCUUGCCCGUCUCGCCCCUCUGGUCCGUGCUCUUCUUCUUCAUGCUCAUCCUCCUGGGCUUGGGCACCCAGUUCUGCCUCCUGGAGACGCUGGUCACAGCAGUCGUGGACGAGGUGGGGAACAACUGGAUUCUGAAGAGAAAGACCUUCGUCACCCUGGCUGUGGCCGUGGCGGGCUUCCUGCUGGGGGUUCCCCUCACCAGCCAGGCGGGCAUUUACUGGCUGUUGCUGAUGGACAACUAUGCAGCCAGCUUCUCUCUGGUCAUCAUCUCUUGCAUCAUGUGUGUGUCCAUCAUGUACAUCUAUGGGCACCGGAACUACUUCCAAGAUAUCCAGAUGAUGCUGGGUUUCCCGCCCCCCAUGUUUUUCCAGAUCUGCUGGCGCUUUGUCUCUCCAGCCAUCAUAUUCUUCAUCCUGAUCUUCACUGUGAUCCAGUAUCGUCCCAUCACCUAUAACCAGUACCAGUACCCCGGCUGGGCCGUGGCCAUCGGCUUCCUCAUGGCCCUCUCCUCCGUUAUCUGCAUCCCGCUGUACGCCGUGUUUGAGCUCUGCCGUGUCGAUGGUGAUUCCUUCCUGCAGCGUCUGAAGAACGCCACGAAGCCAAGCAGGGACUGGGGCCCUGCCCUUGCCGAGCACAGGACCGGGCGCUAUGCCCCCGCCCCGGGCACCUCCCCUGAGGACGGGCUGGAGGUGCAGCCCCUGCACCCAGACAAGGCCCGGAGCCCGGCUGUGGGCAGCAACGGUUCUGCCCACCUCCAGGACUCCCGGAUAUGA